AUGGCGACUGCUCAGAGGCAAAGGACUUCAAUGAAUGCAAUUGUAUUUCCUAAUAAAAUAUCUACUGAGCAGCAGUCUUUGUUAUUAGUGAAGAGACUCCUUGCAGUGGCUGUAUCCUGCAUUACAUAUCUAAGAGGAAUCUUUCCUGAAAGUGCGUAUGGAACAAGAUACUUGGAUGAUCUCUGUGUCAAAAUUCUGAGGGAAGACAAGAACUGCCCUGGAUCAACUCAGUUGGUGAAAUGGAUGUUAGGAUGCUAUGAUGCCUUGCAGAAGAAAUAUCUAAGAAUGAUUGUCCUAGCAGUCUACACUCAUCCAGAAGAUCCUCAGACAAUUACAGAAUGUUACCACUUCAAAUUCAAAUACACCCACAAUGGGCCACUCCUGGACUUCAGCAGUAAGAAUAAACAAAAUGAUUCCACCAUCACGUGUGCAGACACGAAGAAAGCAAGUAUCCUCCUCAUUCGCAAGAUCUAUGUUCUGAUGCAAAACCUGGGUCCGCUACCAAAUGAUGUUUGCUUGACAAUGAAGCUGUUUUAUUAUGAUGAAGUUACACCACCUGAUUACCAACCUCCUGGCUUUAAGGAAGGUGAAUGUGAGGGCAUGAUAUUUGAGGGGGAGCCAAUGUACCUAAAUGUGGGUGAAGUGCCAACGCCUUUUCAUAUGCUGAAAGUUAAAGUUACAACUGAAAAACAACGAAUGGAAAAUGCUGAUAAAAACAUACUAAAGCAAGGAGACACUAAUGUGCCUCUGCAGGUGCUCAAACUGGACAAAGAUGAUACAGAAGAACAGAACCAGCACAUGAAUGAAGAUCCUGUCUUGGAUAAUAAAGUGAAAGACGGGAAAAACGUAAAUACUUCGGAAGUUGAAGAACCAAAUUUAACUUGUGAAGAAGAUGAAAUUACCAAGGCAGAAGAGAAUCGAAAUCCGUAUGUUUCUAAUCCCCAGGUCGAUCAUUUAGCGCAUAAGACGUCUGAACUUCACAUGUCAGAGAGCAGGACAAGAAGUGGAAAGAUAUUUCAAACCAGCACAGUUCAUCAGUUUGAACUCUCCUCCAGUCAAGAUGUUCUGCCAAAAAGGAGAAAAAUUAGUGAACCAAAGGAGCAGUUUUAG